CGGGCGGGACGCGGCGGGAGCGGAGCGUUCCCCGUUCCCCCUCCCGCUGCGGCGGCGCAUGCGCGGGGGCGGCGCGGCGCAGCGCGCAGGCGCGGGCCGGGCCGCCAUGGCGGCGGCGCCUGAGGCCUUCCUGGUGCCGCCGCCGCCGCCUCCUCCUCCUCCUCCUCCUGCUCCUCCCGCCGCCGCCGCACCGGAGCCUCCGCGGCCCCGCAAUGGCCUCCGCACCGCGGGCGGCAGCGGGAAGCGGCGGAGCAGCUGCGGCGCCAAGCAGCCGGCGUGGAAGCGGCGGCGCCGCGCGGCCUCGGAGUGCGGCCCGGUGCUGCCGUCCGAGUUCCUGCUCGGCGGGAACAUCUUCGACCCCCUGAACCUCAACAGCCUGCUGGACGAGGAGGUGAGCCGCGCCCUGAACGCCCGCACCCCGCAGUCCUCCCCGCUGCCGCAGCGCGGCCGGGACCCGGUGGAGAUCCUGGUGCCGAGGGACAUCACGGACCCGCUGAGCCUGAACGCGCCGGGAGACGCGCUCCGCCUCGCCUCACCGGCAAAAAGCGCCCGGCGGCGGCACCGGCACCGCGGGCAGCAGCGCAACCACGCCGCCAGCAGCACCGCCGGCACCGGCAGCGAGGAGCCGGGCCGCCCCGCCGAGCCCGCCGCCCCGCCGUGCCCCGCCGGCCGCCACCGCAAGCGCCGACGGACUUGCAGCAAAUCCGACCCUCCUCGGCCCUCGGAAAAACCAAAACCCGGCGGCAAAGCCCCGCAGCGGCCGCGCCGCCAGGCGCGCAAGUUCCAGUACGGGAAUUACUGCAAAUAUUACGGGUACCGCAACCCCGACGUGGAGGACGCGCGGCUCCGGGCGCUGCGGCCCGAGUGGUUCGCGGGGAAGGAGGUGCUGGACGUGGGCUGCAACGUGGGGCACCUCACCCUGAGCAUCGCCAAGCGCUGGGCGCCCGCCAGGGUGGUGGGGCUGGACAUUGACGGGCGGCUGAUCCGCUCGGCGCGGCAGAACAUCCGCCACUACCUCUCCGAGGGGCUGGGCGCGGACGGCGAGCCCACCGCCGGGCUCAGGAAAGGCUUCCCCGCCGCGCUCCUCGCCAGCCGCGGCCCCAUCGCCGCCCCGCAGCUGCCGCCCGACGGGCCCGGCGCCGCCGAUUUCCCGCACAACGUGGUGUUCGUCACGGGGAACUACGUUCCGGAGCGGGAGGAGGCGGUGGGGGCGCAGCGCCCCGAGUUCGACGUGGUGCUGCUGCUGUCGCUGACCAAGUGGGUGCAGCUGAACUGGGGCGACGAGGGGCUGAAGCGGCUGUUCCGGAGGGCGUUCCGGCACCUGCGGCCCGGCGGGAUCCUGCUGCUGGAGCCGCAGCCCUGGGAGUCCUACCGCAAGCGCAAGGGGCUCACGGAGACGACGUUCCGGAACUACCAGCGCAUCCGCCUCCGCCCGGAGCAGUUCCCCGCGUACCUGACCUCGCCCGAGGUGGGCUUCGAGCGCUGCGAGCUGCUGGGGACCCCCCAGCACAGCGCCAAAGGCUUCCAGCGGCCGAUUUAUCUCUUCCAGAAGGGACAAAGCGACGCCCCCUGAGCCCCCCAAACUCCCCCCGGCCCGGGGGGGCCCCGACGCUCCUGAGUUGGUUUUUUUUUUGGGGGGGGGGUCAGAUUUUCGCUCCCCUCCCCCACCGGCUGCCAAACGGGGGGAGGGGCUCCGUUUGCUCCCCCCUCCCCCCCAUUUUUGGGGUGUCCCUCCCCCCCCCCCGUGUUUGCUCUGUGUGGGGGGGGGCCCCGAAUAAAGGAGGUGAUUGGUCA